AUGGCGGACCGAGAUUCCUCCGCUGUUGGCAAGCCUGGCCGCGGGCCCUUGCCACCUCUCCCGGAGGACCGGCGCCCGCGUGCCCGUGCGCCCCGGAGGCCCAGCUCCGCGCAGGCUGAGAAGUCCAGGGGCCAGGACCAGAAGCCUCGGGAGAUUAUCCGGGCUCUUUCCCUGCCACCGCUCCAGAGCGAGAAGACCUCGAAGGCCGCCGACCGCGACCGAGUGCCUCGCAAGCCCCCGCCGGCCGCUGAGCCGAGCUCGGCGCGUCCUCCGAAGAAGACUGCGACAUCGUCGCCUCGGGCAUUCCAAGCAGAGAUGGACGAGUGGAGGCGGCGUAACGGCGUGCCGGGAGAUGCGAAAGUCUUCAGCAUCACAGGAGCUUUUCCUGGUGUUCGCAAAGCGCUGGUAGCCAGAGGCUGGCAUGAGAAUGAAGAUCGGCAAAGUCCAUGCUGGGACCUCCGCUACGCCCUCUGGCAGCGGGACCUGGGGGAGAUGAACGACUUGGACGACUGCCAGGUCGUCAACUACUUUGCGCGAAAUGCAGAGCUGACCUCGAAGGUCGGCCUCUGCAACAGCUUGUACAACUGCUGCACGCUGGACCGAGUCGACGUGAACUCCUUCUAUCCGCGCUGCUACGACUUGACCACACCGGCUCAGGCGGAGCACUUCGUAGAGGACUUUAAGCUGACCACGUGUCGGUGUCUGCUCCGCCGCUUUGUGGAGCUGGGCGGCCGCUGUGCUCCAGAUGGCAUCCCCUGGAAAGCCUACCCGCGCGAAGUCGUCCAAGCAGCCCUGGAUGUUUGCAGGCGUCAAGCCAGGGCAGUGGACGACUCCCUCGAUGAGGCUUGGGUGCCCGCCAUUUCCGACGAGGAGUGGGCCAUCGUCAAGGUCUGGUCCUUGAAGACUCCGGGAAAGCGGGUCGAGGACUUCAUCAACCUCGUCCCACCUUAUAGGCACAGCCGCGGGUUGAAAGCUAGGUUCCGGGUCGCGAGGCCUACAGGCGCCCGAGCUCUCGGACUCGUUUCCUUGAUCUGCGCGACAUGUUCUGCGCAGCAGGCAUGCGGCCUGCAGGUGAAAGACCUAUGCCGUGAAUAUGCGGCUAUCGCGAAUGACCCCGGCGCUUCGCCGCCGGAGGCCGUCGCGUGGGCUUCUCCUGCCGCUCACCUCGAUCGGCUGAUGGUGAAGAACAGGAAUGCUUACCCCUACCAAGACUUGAUCGUUUCAAGUGAACUUGGAUGA